AUUUUUAAAAUGUUUCAGUAUAUAAACUUUUGCUGAAUGGUUUCAAAACUUGUACCCAAUUUGCCUACAAAAAGAAAGUCGUCUCGUAAGUUCAGGAUGUUUAUGACAUGUGUCGCACUGCUCCUCACAGUAUAUUGGGGAUCGUGCGAGAAAGUGUCCCCAAAACCAGGUCUGAAAUUAUUCAGAGAGGAUUACAAAAGCGUUGAAGAAACUUGCCUUGCUGUCGGAUUUGUGAGGAAUGAUUGUAAAAAUAACACGAAGAAGGAUAAUCGUGUGGUAGCUUUUGAUGUUCGACUGAAGAAUCAGAAGAGAAACCUUGCCACAAAAGCACGGGUUGUAUUCGAAACAGUUGAUCUGAACGAAGGACUGGGAUACGACGCCUCUACUGGAGUUUUCACGGCCCCUAGCGGCGGGAUCUACGUGUUUGACUGGACAAUCUUGGCAUGGCAAGGUCAAAUUGCCUCUACAUCUCUCGUUGUGAAUGGCCAGUAUAAAUCAUGGAGUUACUGUGACGAUAGAGGAUCCAAAACAUGGCUUCCCUGUAGCAAAAUGACAUUAGUGAAGCUAAAACACGGCGAUAAAAUUUGGAUUGAAGUUAUCAAUGGAACAUCUGAUAUACACAAUCUGUAUACAUCAUUUUCUGGGUUUAAGAUGUAAUCAUACACAGAAUUAAAAGGUUUUUUUCUUCAAAAACAAUUAUGGAGAUACAAAAAAAAAUGUUGAUUCUUUAAAAUAAAACCAAACUGUGCCAUUUUUGGC